AGUGCAUCAAUCGUUCGUCUGUGUUUUCCUAAAUUCCAAAUUAAGUAGUUUAUGAAAAUAUAUUUUUAUAAAAAGCAUUAAAAAUUAAAAAAGUCACAUCAGCAUGUCGAAAGCUAAAGGCAAGAAGAAAAAUAAUAAAUUCGAAGACGAUGAUGAGUUAGAAGAUGUAAAGUCAGUACCGAACAAAAAGGCAGGUAAAAAAGGAAAAAAGGGUAAACGUGGCGGAGACUCAAGUGAUGACGAUUCAUUACCAAGCAAUAAAGUGACCAAUAAUGAUGCUGAUGACCUAGAGAGCAUUAAGUCGGGAAAUAAAGCACCACAAUCAAAAGGAAAAAAGGGAAAGAAAGGUAAACGGAAAGACGACUGGAGCGAUGAUGAUGCGGAACCAGAACCUAUCCUACAACUUGGUAAUAAUAAAGAGUCAAAACUACCCGAAAGCGAUGAAGAACAGGCGGAUAUACUUCAACCAGCGGCCAUCGCGAAAAAGCAGGGAAAGAAGAGUAAGAAGAACAAAAAGAAGGAUGACUUCAGCGAUGAAGACAGUAGCAUUCAAAAGACGGAAUUGUCUGAGUUUGAUGACGAUGACGAUGAGGAUGUCGUCAAUGAAGAUCUGUCUGUUACUAUUCCGAAACCAGCUUCAAAGAAAUCCGCUAAGAAGCAACAAAAAAAGGCAAAUAAAUUUACCAUCAGUGAUGAUGAUGAAGGCGAAGACGAGGAAAUAGAGUUGGCGGAAGAGCAAACUGAAAGUGAAGAAGCAGUGCAGCCGGAACAAAAAACGAGUCUAGCUAACAAAGAGAAGGAGGGAGAGGAAUUCGAAAUCACACAAAAAGUUACAAAACAAAUCGAGGAAUUAAAAAUUGAGAUCGAUGGGCCUGUAAAAGAGGAGCAGAUAUCACAGGAGGAAAAUAAUACGGAGAUUGAUCAAGAAAAUAAUAUAGAAUCUGCACUUCCGGAGAAAAAGCUAACGCACAAGGAAAAGAAGAAGCAGAAAAAACAACAGGAAUAUGAAAGGCAAAUGGAACUUAUGACAAAAAAGGGUGGCUCGGGUCAUUCCGACUUGGAUAGUAAUUUUACAAUGUCCCAAGUACAGCGGACUGCGGGUCAGCAAGCACAAUUAGAACACGCUGUUGACAUCAAAAUAGAAAAUUUUACAAUUUCAGCCAAAGGUAAUGAUUUAUUUGUGAAUGCCAAUCUUUUGAUUGCACACGGACGCCGUUAUGGUUUGGUAGGUCCAAAUGGACAUGGAAAAACCACUCUGUUGCGCCAUAUAGCCACACGUGCCUUCGCGAUUCCGCCCAAUAUUGACGUUUUACUAUGUGAACAAGAAGUUAUUGCCACUGACAAAACAGCCAUUGAAACAAUUCUGGAAGCAGAUGAAAAACGAAAUAAACUUUUGACAAAGUGUAAAGAGUUGGAGGAAAAAUUUGCUACAGGAGACAUGAGCGUUCAAGAAGAAUUAAAUGACACAUUUGCCGAACUAAAGGCGAUUGGCGCAUAUUCAGCGGAAGCGCGUGCUCGCCGUAUUCUGGCCGGUUUAGGUUUCAGUGAAGAAAUGCAAAAUCGACCGACAAACAAGUUUUCAGGUGGCUGGCGUAUGCGUGUUUCGCUAGCGCGUGCUCUUUAUUUGGAACCAACUUUACUUAUGCUUGAUGAACCUACUAAUCAUUUGGAUUUGAAUGCAGUAAUUUGGUUAGACAACUAUUUGCAGGGUUGGAAAAAAACUCUGUUGAUAGUUUCCCACGACCAGAGCUUCUUAGACAAUGUCUGCAAUGAAAUUAUACAUCUUGAUCAAAAGAAACUUCAUUACUAUAAGGGUAAUUACUCCAUGUUUAAGAAGAUGUAUGUUCAAAAACGCAGGGAAAUGAUUAAGGAAUAUGAAAAGCAGGAGAAACGCUUGAAGGAAUUGAAAGCUCAUGGUCAGUCGAAAAAAGCAGCUGAGAAGAAACAGAAAGAGGUCCUCACUCGUAAGCAAGAAAAAAAUAAGUCUAAGCAACAGAAGCAGGAUGAUGAUGAUGGCCCUCAAGAAUUAUUGGCUCGUCCAAAAGAGUAUAUUGUGAAAUUCCGCUUUCCAGAGCCUUCACAGCUACAACCUCCUAUUUUGGGAAUUCAUAAUGUUAUCUUUGCAUACGAAGGGCAAAAACCCCUUUUUGUUAAUACUGAUUUUGGUAUUGAUCUAACUAGUCGGGUAGCCAUCGUGGGCCCAAAUGGUGUUGGUAAAUCUACCUUCCUGAAACUAUUGCUAGGCGAAUUGGAGCCACAAAAAGGAGAGCAACGGAAAAAUCAUCGCCUUCGAGUUGGUCGUUUUGAUCAACACUCUGGUGAACACUUGACCGCUGAGGAAUCUGCCGCGGAAUAUUUGCAACGUCUUUUCAAUCUGCCACAUGAGAAGGCACGUAAAGCGCUUGGUUCAUUUGGUUUAGUGAGUCAUGCGCACACUAUAAAAAUGAAGGACCUUUCUGGUGGUCAAAAAGCCCGUGUGGCACUUGCUGAACUUUGUCUGAGUGCACCUGAUGUGUUGAUUCUUGAUGAACCUACUAAUAAUCUAGACAUUGAAUCUAUUGACGCUUUGGCAGAAGCUAUUAACGAAUAUGAGGGCGGUGUAAUCAUUGUAUCUCACGAUGAGCGAUUAAUCCGUGAGACCGGCUGUACAUUAUACGUGAUUGAAGACCAGACCAUCAAUGAAAUCGAUGGAGAAUUCGACGACUACCGUAAGGAGGUGCUGGACGCGCUUGGGGAAGUAGUCAAUAACCCAAGUGUUGUGGCCAAUGCAGCUGUGUUACAAUAAUAUACUACCUAAGUGGUUUUAGAUAUUUGAAAUUGUUUUGUAUUCAUGCUUUCAACAGUUUGAUAUAGAAGUUGCUUAAAUAAAUAAACUGUUAAAGUUAAGAAGAGAAGAGGGGGAAGAAAUCUAU